AUGUCAGCAGGAGGGGACAGGAGCCCGAAACGCGACGCGAGCCCUCAAGCUGAGGCGAGGCGGGGAAGGAGCGCUGGCGCAUCACAAGACUGGAAGCACAGUGGAUUCGACUCUGACAGUGACGAUGGCCCGGCGGCGCGGGGCGACAUCAAAGCCACCAAGUUCCACGGAGACCGAGGACGAACCACCGCCGGCGGCGGCCGAGACGGGUCUAGACAGGGACCGCUGCGCAGUAGGGAUGCCAAUCUCAAGUCCAAGAGCGCAGCUGGCCGCAAACGAGGCCAUGCAGACAUGUCAGACGAUGCCGACGUUCCCGCUGAACGGAGCGCCAAGCGGAGGGCGUCUUCGCCGCGCGAGCAGGGGACUGGCGGGCGCCAUCUUGAAGAUGUCUUCCACCAGACCAAGGUCAAGGCCAGUCAGAGGAAAUACGGCGAACGAGGGACCACAAAGCAAACAGGUCUUGGCGCGAAGUCAACGACGCCGGAAGCGAGUCUAUCUUCGUCACCGAAUGAAUCUCGCAGAAAGACAUCGUAUAGAGCUCCUGAUGCGCUACCCAUGAGCCCAUCAGGUGAAGAUGCCGAGAGAAUCCCGAAAAGGAGGAGCUCGAGAUUCAAGGAACCCGACUCGCUACCCACAAGUCCAGAUGACAAGCCGGUGGUUAAAAACGGCUACAAAAAGUGCGCGCCACUACCUCGGGAUACGUCACCGAAACGCCCAACAUAUAAGAAGCCCGAACUACUCCCCGGCAAGUCGGCUCCUGCUCCUCGCCAGAAUGACUUGUCCGUACCCUAUGUGCCUCCGCAAGGCAAGCCCGCCAUUCGAAUACCAGGUCGACGGAAAAAGGCGAAAAGGGCAGAAGCCCUCCCAGAACCCAAGGUCUUCGUCGCCGGAAGCACAUUCAGGUUACCGGCGAGCCUCCCCGGCAUGGGCCUCGACGACUUGCUCGGAGGUCCUUACGAAGCAGCUUCACCGGGCACCCUGAGCCUGGCGAGUGACGACGAUGACGCCAACGAAGAAGAAGACGAGGAGGAGGACAGCAACGCCAGGCCCACCAGGGCCACCCCGACCAAGUGCCCCAUGUGUGAUUUGGCCGUCGACGAGGACCUGCUGCGCACCUUCUCCAAAGGCCGGCCGCUCAGCAUCAGCCAGCAGAUCAAGUUCUGCCGCCUCCACAACGCCAAGACGGCCCGGGCGACCUGGCUCGCAAAGGGCUACCCGGACAUCGACUGGGAGGCGCUGCCGUCGCGGUUCGCCGCGCACGAUGGGGCCCUGCGGCGCAUCGUCCACGGCGACGCCUCGCACUACCGGUCCGUCCUCGCCGGUAGGGUCUCGGACGGCCGCGAGCGCACGCUGCGCGCGACGGAGCGCAGCCUGGCGCCGGGGUACUACGGCCCGCGCGGCCUGCGCGUCAUGUCGGAGCACCUCAUCAGCCGCUUCGCGUCGGCGCUGCGCCGCCGCGCCGUCGAGGACGAGCUCGUCGCCGCGCGCGGCAGCGCCGUCUUUGUGUCCACCGUGCUCGUGCCCGAGCUCGCGUCGCGGCUCAUCAUGGAGGACUUGGCCGUCGGGGCCGACGAGGCGCACCGUGUGCUCGAGGAGAGCGUACCGAUCGGUGACCUGCUGCAUGAGGAGAUUGGGGAUGUCGUGGUUGACGUGGGCGAAGCAGACGACGACAGCGAUGACAAUGUCUUGACGUAA